AUGCAUUGCGGUAAUAACGAGUUGGGAACCGCGCAGCGUACGUGCGGAAUCUCGGCGGCAGACGUCAUGAAGAACGUUGGGUGCAACGGUUUGUGCUGUUUCGGUGCAGUGACAGCCGUGGUGCUGGCCGGCGUGCUGCCGGCGCUCCUCCUGCCCGGUGACGAUGACCAGCCCGACGACGGCGAGCGCGGGGUCAGUCGCCGACAGGACAGGAGCCGUCGGAUCAACCGCUUCCUGAGCUUCGCGGUCGGCAGCCUGCUGGGUGACGUGUUCCUGCACCUUCUGCCGGAGCUGUGGCAGCAGAACCGGUCGAACCAACUGGUCAACGGCUUGGCCAUCAUGGUCGGCCUGCUGCUGUGCGUGCUGUUGGAGAAUGGCCGGUUCGGUAUGCUGACCACGUUCGCCAUUCUGGUGCACGAGAUACCGCACGAGAUCGGGGACUUCGCCAUUUUGUUACGCGCUGAUUUCAGCCGAUGGUCGGCGAUCAAAGCGCAGCUUUUCACUGCCGUUGGCGCCUUCGUGGGCGCCGCCUGGGCGCUGGUCGCUUCAGUGGUCGAUGUACACCUGCACAUCAGCAUCAUCCUGCCGGUAGCAGCCGGAGGAUUCCUGAAUAUCGCCUUAGUGCAGAUCCUGCCCGAUCUGCUCAAAGAGUCGGAGACGAAGGAGAGCUGCCGGCAACUGGCCUUAAUCGUACUCGGCAUUUUGAUUAUGGCGAUGUUCAGUGCCUUCUGA